AUGAAUUGGGUACGUAAUGAUAUAUGCAUUACUCGAAGUAAAACUUUUUGCAUCUAAUUCAAAGCACAUCAUUGGCGUGUAAGUCAAAUCAUACAUUAUUCUCACAAUCACAGAAAAUAAGGGAACUUAUUCAUGACGGGUCAUGAGAGGUCUCUAUAUCGUUCGUGGUCCUCUACGUCGGCCCUUGUUGGCGCGCCCGCCGCAGGUUCUAAAGCGAUACAAAUUCUCAGGCCGGACCAAACCAGCUGAAAAAUCCAAGACUUCUCUCCCCAAUUCCCCGGCAAGGACGCGAUUUGCGCCAUCUCCAACUGGAUAUGUGCAUAUAGGCUCGUUGAGGACAGCACUGUAUAAUUACUUGCUUGCGAAGGCCACCGGCGGCCAGUUCAUACUUAGGGUUGAAGACACGGACCAGUCUCGAAUCGUAGAAGAUGCCGAGACGAGGCUAUUCGAGGAUCUAAAAUGGGCCGGGUUGAGCUGGGAUGAAGGUCCCGAUGUUGGCGGAGACUACGGCUCAUAUAAGCAGUCAGAGAGGCUAGAGCUAUAUAACGAGCAUGCGGAACAGCUGAUAAACAAAGGCCUCGCUUAUCGAUGCUUCUGCACGCCCGAGGACUUGGAUCAGAUGAGAUCCAUAAACAUCCAGGAGGGCAAGCAGCCUAUCUACAACGGGAUCUGCUCGCACAUAUCUCCAGAUGCAUCCGCGCGUCGGGCAAAAAACGGCGAGCCGCAUUGCGUACGAUUCAAAUGCGGCCAGCAGCCUGUCGUCAACGACCUCGUCUAUGGAUACUACAAGAAGCCUACCGUAGAAGAUGACUUCAUCAUUAUUAAGCAGGACGGGUAUCCAACCUACCACUUCGCCAACGUCGUCGACGACCAUUCAAUGGAGAUCACGCACGUUAUCAGAGGAGCUGAAUGGCUAGUAUCUACACCCAGGCACGUAGCGCUGUACGAGGCCUUCGGAUGGGAGAUGCCCCUGUUCGCGCACGUCGGACUCCUGGUCAACGAGGAGAGGCAGAAGCUGAGCAAGCGCCACGGCGACGUCGACAUCGCAUCCUGGCGAGACCGCGGUAUAUUACCCAGCACGCUGCUCAACUACGUCAUGCUGCUGGGCUGGAGCAUGGGGAGGGGCGUCAAGGGGCAGCAGGAAGUCAUGGAUCUGAAAGACAUGGUCAAAAGGUUCCAUCUCGGCUUCACCAAGGGCGACAUCACAGUCAACAACAAGCACGAGUACCUCCAAAAGGCGCACGUAAAGCGUCUCGCCCAAGCACACGGCCCAUCACACGUCUCCCACAUCCUCCUCCCGGUUCUCACAUCCCGCGUGCAGAAAUACGAAGACGCACGCAACGCAGACCCCGAAGACCCAAUCCUAGACCCAGACCCAGACCCAACCCCAGGCGUCAACAGCAAAAUCGUAUCCGAGCUAGGCCCCAUGGUCCCUCUCGCCAGCGACACCACCGCCACCGCAACCGCAACCGCAACCGCAACCGCAACCGUGUCCCAAUCAUACCUAGACCAAGUCCUCCAGGUCGACCUGCAAAACUACAAAGACGCCGAGACCUACGUAUCGCGCAACCGGUUCCUGAUCUGGCAAGUCCCCGAGUCGCUGUACCGCUCCAGUCUGCGGGAGGAGACGGCGAGCGUAGACCAGAUCUACACGGACCGGGAGAUAGGGACGCCUGUCGAGGAGGACUUGCAGGAAGAUGAAGAUGACGAGGACGAGGACGAGGAAGGCCGCUAUCCGCAGACCGUCUCGGAGCUUACGGCCGCACUGCGCGAUAUCCUAGAGGCCUUGGAGGAGGAGGAGGAGUGGACCAAGACGGGAAUCGAGGGUGCUAUCUUGCCGUUCCUCAGAUCUAUAUACGCCACGCCGAAGACUUCCGAGCCUGGCUCCAGUCACCAAGAGCCGCAGCUCUGGGGGUACCAUCUCCUGCGCUGGGUCGUCGCCGGGUCGCGGCCCGGACCGUCGUUGAUACCGAGUUUAGUUGUACUGGGCAAGGAGGAGACUAUGAGGAGGGUAGACGAGGCGUAUGAAGUAGCUAAAAGCGAAGAGGGCGAAGAGGGCGAAGAGGCCGAGUUGGAAGAUUAGGUCAAGUCAAGUCAAGCUAAGUUAAGCCAAGUCUACGUUACAUGUCUUGCUUCCAUAUCGACCACAAAUCUAGACUAGGCAAAAAGGACGGUAGUUGGUCAAGUCGUGGAACGAAAAGGAGACUCGUGUAUACCAGGUACAAAGCAUC